AUGUACAUAAACAAUAAAAUCGAUGAAAAAGUUGUAAAUGAAAUGCUAAAUAGUGACGAUGGUGCAAAUUCUGAAGAAAACGAAAACGAAAAAACGGUUUCUCAGAACGAGCAUGGAGAGAAUGACGACCAGGAAGAAGACGGGCGCAAACUGGUUGAACUGAAUGAGCCAGAAAGAGAUGACAGGAUCAUUGUUGAGUUGCGACAGUUAAUGCAAAACAUUGAGCUGAAAUUGACUGCAGAUCAGAAUGUUCUGGAACAGUCGAAAGGAGAAAAACGAACAAACUUGGAGAAGUCAGAUCUGAAGAUGAAUGCGGACGAAACAGAAGGAGUCAAAAACAACGAAAUUUCUUGGAAGAUGACGAAUGAAGCAUUAGGCAUAUACGAAGGACAAACUUGUGCUCGUAAGUGGAUUGCGCAAAUGAAAAACAUUUCCAGUAUUUAUGGAAUUUCUGGAAAUCAAAUGCGUAUGCUCUUCGUAAGCAAGGUCAAGGGCAAAGUUAAUGAGUGGCUAUACGAAAACCCAAAUCGGGCCUUGCAAUCAAUGGAUGAACUAUGCGAACAGAUGAUAUCAAUGUUUGGAAAUACGCAGUCUAAGCUAGAGGAGCGUCGAAAUUUUGAGUCUCGUACUUGGCAGUCUUCUGAGAAAUUCGGGAAAUACUUGGAUGAAAAGUUAAUGCUAGCUCAAAAUGUCAGUCUGGAUCAGGAGGAGUUGUUGGACCGCAUCAUCGAGGGUAUACCUAACGAAGGCUUGCGCAAUCAGGCGCGAAUUCAAUGCUUCCGUGAUAUUUCGCAUAUCAGACGUGCUUUUUCGGAAGUAAGUUUGCCAGCAAAGCGAGCAGUAUCGUUCGAGAAGAAGACUACUCCGAUGGACCAAACCAAUGGAAAGGAAAUUCGAUGCCACAAUUGCAACGCUAGAGGUCACUUCGCCAGGAACUGUUUCAAGCCGAAAAGGGAACCUGGAUCGUGCUAUGCAUGCGGCGAAAUGGGACACUGGAAUGCCUCAUAG